CUUGUUGCUGGCUCCUCUUGGACGCGUUGAUCUCACACAGCGCCAAGCGGCAGAGCGGAGUGAGAGUGUAUCUGUGAAUCUGCUCCAAAAGUGCACUCAGUCAGACCAUCACCAGACAAGACAGGACUCGGUAACCGGAGGGACGCACACACACGUUAUAGGAGCGGACACACGCACUGAGAGGACUUCUUCUUUAAGGCGAAAAAAAAGGCGCUUCACUGCAAAAAAGGCGCAUGACCGAGCGACCGGCAGCGGGGUGAAGGAUGCUGUCAAGCCGCAAAGUGGUUGUGGAGUGCGGCUAGUGCACUCCGCGCUGCUCCGGUCGGACGCUCCGGUUCUCCGGUGCCUGGGUUGGAGAUCUGUGUUUUUGUGGACUUUUCCAUCAAUUGGACUUUUUUUGGCUACGUGCCUGCUCAGCAGUUGUCUAAGGACAUCAGUGGGCACUAUUUAUUUAAAGAAAUAUAUUUUUUCCUCAAAGCCACCAGAGAUAGUUUUUAACAACACAAUUGGACUUUUCCUUUUCCCCCUUGUUUUCCAGUAUGGGACCUUCUACAAAAAAGUCGCUCUGGGACAUUUGUUACAUUGGACUGGAAUAAUGAAUUAGCUGAUAGUAAUUUGCCAUAUUCCCUGUUCGGUCGCUCCAAUUCUUCUCCUGCGCUCCUUCUCCUUUUUUGAGUUUGUUAGUUUUUGUGUCAUGUUCGCACCGAAGAAAUGCGCACAGAAAAAAAACUUUGUGGAAUAUGGUAGGUCACUCAUGCAGCAAGUUAAAUAACAGUGUUUUAUAUUUGUUUGCUUAGUCAAAGAUAAAAAAAAAGAAAAAAGAAGAGCAGUCAAGUGCACGCAUAAAUACAGGAGCAGGGACACAGUUUAGGUGCGUAUUUGGACACAGUAUUUGGACACAGUCUGUCCUCCUUGGAGAAGUUAAAAAACAAAAAUUCACAACAAUGAGAACUCAAGUUGAUGAGUUUUAACAUUUAAAAAAAGAUAAAGCAGUUUGAUCAGUAGAGUGAAACAAACAUUUGAAUAGUUUCUUGUAUAUCUUUUUUUUUUUUUUUUUUUAGCUUUUUUGCUUUUGGGGACAGACAGAGAAAAACAAGACAAACAGUGGUUGCCAAUGUCUGGCAAACUGGCCGUCAUGUGGGAUUGAUUGCAGAGGAGUAUGUUUGGGCUGGAGCAGUUUGGUUCUCAGAUUAAUAGCAGAAACCCUGGCCAGUCAGAGAGAAACAUAAGCCAACCGAGACUGAACAUGGGCUCCCAUUAUAAAAGCCCAGCAGGUUUUCACUCUGGAGGCCCUCCUGGAGCCGUGGAAGCCGGCAUGGGCCCUCUGAGCGAGCCGCAGAUGCUCGGGCUCAACAUGAACAUGAACGGAGAGCAGCAGCAGUAUGGGGGCUUCCACCCCAGGGGCCACUCGGACAUGCAUGCAGGAGGAGGACUUCAGCAGCAGCAGCAGCAGCAGCAAGGACCCAUGCAUGGAUUUUUUAACAACCAACAACCUCAUCAAGGACAUCCUCAUGGCCAUCAACCUCACCCCCACCAACCUCACCCUCAUUUCAGUGGGAAUUUUGGGGGCCCAGAGCCGGGGUCUUCAUGCCUGCAUGGUGGCAGGCUAAUGGGCUACAACAACAAUGGCAUGGGACCACAGCAGGGCUUUGGAGAAGGAUUUGAUCCUCUCGCUGAGGGACAGGCAGGGGAUGGCUUUCCCCAGCAGCAGCAGCAGCAGCAGCAGCAGCGGCCUGGUAACAUGCCUGACUUUACACAUCACGGGCCUCCCAGUGGCAGCCAUGCUGUGCCUGCUCCCUGUCUACCCCUGGACCAGUCGCCCAACAGAGCAGCAUCCUUCCACGGUCUCCCAUCCUCCUCGUCCUCCUCCUCCGAGUCUCACGGCCUGGAGCCUCGGCGGAUGCCCAACCAGGGAGCUGUGGAGGGAUUAGAGUAUAACUUCCCAAGUGAGCCUCCAUCUGGACAUUUUGAUGUACAUGUAUUUUCCCCAUCAGAAUCAGAAUCUCAGUUACCCCAUUUUGGCCCAGGAAGGCCUGUUCCCGGCAGUAAUUUCCCAGGGAACCCUGGCAUGCCACGGACACCAGGUAUGCCGGGCAUCUCUAAAGGACACCAGCCGCCCCCGCCACAGCCCCAGCAGCCUCAGCAUGGAGUGUUUUUUGAGCGUUUUGGAAACGGCCGGAAGGUGCCCGUGGGAAUGGAGCCGGGGGUCAACGCGAGGCAUCCUCUCAUGCAGCAGCAGCAACAACAGGCUGGCUUGAUAGCCAGACAGAAUUCAUGCCCCCCUGGCCUCCCCCGACCCCCUCAGGCUGAGCCCGGCUCCACUAACCCUAACAUUCUGGACGGAGGGGUCAUGAUGCCUGGCCAACACAACCAGUUUGAAUAUCCCAUUCACAGACUGGAAAAUAGGGGUCUGAACCCCUAUGGGGACCCCAUGUUUAAUAUGCAACAGCCAGCUCCCCCUCCCUCCCAGCAGCCCCCGAAUCAGAGGCUGCAACACUUUGACUCUCCUUAUAUGAACAUGGCAAAAAGGCCUAGAUUUGACUUUCCCAAUGCACAUGGCGGUGAGGGCUGGUGUGGUGGUAUGGAUAACCACCUCUCUCCCUCGGCCUAUCCCGGCCUGCCUGGAGAGUUCACCCCACCUGUAAGCGAAGGUUUCCCACCGGGUCCCCUGCAGCAUCCGGGGCCCGAGCAGCAGUCUCUGCAGCAGCGGCAGAAUGCAGCUAUGAUGAUAAAACAAAUGGCCUCUCGCAACCAGCAGCAGAGGAUGAGGCAGCCCAGUCUGCAGCAGCUGGGUCACCACGGCGAUGUACCUCCCGGCCCAAUGGCUCACGGAGGCCCGGUCGGGAGCAUGCCCCAGCCUGGCUUCGACAGGGAGAAUGGUGGCAGGAUGCCCAACAUUGAUGGACAAAAUCCUCAUGUAACUCAGGAGAACUCCUGGUUCCAAGGGUCCCACCCACCAGGGGAGAUGAUGUCACGGCGUAUGGGUGGAGCGGGGAAUGAAUCAGGGCCCCAUGACAUGGGGCUACAGCAGAACGGGGCUGGGAUGAUGUUUAGGCCAGGCAUGGGCAUGCAGGAGCCCAUGAGAAUACCAGGAGAUGGGCAUGUACAGGCUCUCCAUUCCCCGGGCAUGCACUCACAAUUCAGCGGCAACAUGGGCAACCUCUCACAAAUGCAGUCUCCAGGAGCGGGGACGGGGCACCCGAACGCACCGGCGGAGAGGCGGCCGGCUGACUUCCCCGCACCUCCAAUGGGAGCUCAGCCAACAUUUCCCUAUGGGGGGGCUAACCGUCAGGGGCCGGCCCACAGUGCUCCCCAGGGGGUGAACACCUCACCAGGGAGCUACCCUCCUCAGUCUGAGUUCCCCCCAGGCCAGCGGGCGUCUGUUAGUAAGCUCGGAGCGCUGUCCCUCGGGAACUUCAGCAAAACCAGCGCUAAAGACAGUGUUUUCGGCCAGAGCUGCCUGGCGGCCCUUUCCACGGCCUGCCAGAACAUGAUCGCUAGCCUAGGGGCCCCCAAUCUUAACGUAACAUUCAACAAGAAGAACCAAAAUGAGGGCAAGCGAAAACUGAGUCAGACAGAGCAGGACAUUAAUAGCAGCACAUCUAAUGGGACUGGCAGUGCUGGACCUGAAUAUUUUCAGAGCAGCACUUCCCAGAACAGCCAGAUGCCUGGCACUGGGAAUAGCAACUCUAAGCCUGCAAGUCAAAGCCAGACGGUGCAGGGGGAAGCCAGUGCCCUCUCCCCAAAUUACAACAUGGACGCUACCCCAUGCAGUGAGGGGAAGGCAACAACAGGGAGUGGGAGAGGGAGAGGCAGGAGAAAAAGAGACAGUGGACAUGUGAGCCCUGGAAUUUUUUUUUCCCCUGACAAUGGUAACCCUGUUGUAAGUCCAGGCCAGCAGACCCCCUCUGCUGGCGUUGGGGAGAGGGGUGGGGGAACGCCCCACGAGAAACACCUCCAAUCACCCUCUUGGGGAAAAGGAGGCGACCUAAUGUUGGGGGACCAGGCCGACCUCAUGUCUUCUUUGGACAGUGGCAUUCAAAGUGUCGCCAAGUCUGACAGUAGCUCACCACGAGUGGACUUUCCUGACGAUGUCAGCACCCACUACGGCAACGAGGACGAGGUGUCCUCCAGCUCCGACGCAGGAGGGGCCUCGGCCACCAAGCCCAAUCGCAGCCCCAUGAUCACCGGCUCACCCAAAAUGCAGAGGAGCGACCACGGGUUGAUAAAUGGACAGAAGCCCCUCGGCAUGGGCAUUAACAAUCAUACUACCUCGCCGCCAGACAGCUACGGACUGAACGCUGGUGGGGCCACAGGGUCCAGUGGGGUGAGCCACCCGGGCACUCCCGGGGUGGAGCAGGUACGCACCCCAUCCAGCACCUCUGGCCAGGAAGACAUCCAUCCUCUGGAGAUCCUGCAGGCCCAGAUCCAGCUCCAGCGGCAGCAGUUCAGUAUCUCUGAGGACCAGCCCCUGGCCAUGAAGAAUGGCAAGAAGAAUGGCGACUGUCCCUCACAGAACGGAGACAAUGAGCUGGCAAGCUGCAGCCCGGAUGCUGGGAAGGGCUCAAUGGGCACUAUUGACCUUGACACCCUCAUGGCAGAGCAGCACGCCACCUGGUACGUGCCCAGUGACAAGGCCAUGAUGGACGGGUCAGAGGAUGACAAGGCCAUGGGACCAUGGGAAAAAAAUAAGAGCCAAAACAACAGCAAAGAAGAAUCAGAGCUGUCCCAGAGUAAGGCUGGAGCCGGGGCCCCAGGAGCUGGGGGUGGUGGAGGAGGAGGAGGAGGGGGAGGUGGAGGAGGUGGAGGAGGAGGCGGAGGAGGAGGAGGGAGCAGCGGAGGGAACCACCUGCAGUGCCUGUCCGUCCACUGCACAGACGAGCUGGGGGACAGUAAAGGCCGAGGGGGGCCCGUCUCGUCCUGGCGCUCUCUCCACUCUGAUAUCUCCAACCGAUUUGGGACAUUUGUGGCGGCACUGACUUGAACGAAAAAGCAGGCCCAGCAGGAAGACGCAGAGAAGAUUAAGACGAAGACGAGCUUCAGAGACAAAUAAUGAUGAUGAGGAUGAUGAUGAUGAUAAAGUGUUGAUGAGGCAACUGCGAGCAGCUCCUGCCUGUUCAGGGACAGAAAGACAUUUACACUCAUAAACGCAAACAGACACUCACUCUCUCUCACACACACACACACACCUACACACACACACACACCUACACACCUACACACGCACACACACUUACACACACACACACACAUGCAAAUACCAUGUUUUUUCCUGAUACAUGCAGUCACACUUUAGGACACUCUCUCACAUACUGCUGGACAAUUCAGCGCGGGCUCUACCCAACAAUGCCCACAUCUGGAAAACCUCAAAUCAAUAUUUUUUUUUCUCUUUUAUUUUCUUUGUUGAAGAAAAAUAAAGAAAUGUCAAAAGGAGGAGAACACAAAACCAGAAGAAGCAGAAGAAGCAGAAGAAGAAGAAGAAGAAGAAGAAGAGAUAUUCAGUUGUCAUUGGCUCUGAUUGUAUACCAGCGUUGAGUCUUGUGAUGCGACCGUCAUCUCAUGGCUUUUAGUCUGUUGCUUACUACAGCCGGCAUGCUCUCAUCUCAGCUCUGGUUACAGCUCUAAUUAUCCUCCCAUUAAAGGCUACUCUACUGUUUGCUGCCCAAAAUCUGCCCCCUAAAUUUACAGUCUCCUAAUAUACACAGAAAUAUAGAGAUUUCCCCCUCACACACACACACACACACACACACACACACACACACACACACACUCAAAUGAGGCCUACUGUUUCAAUAGAAGAGGCAGAACUAGAGGAAGAUAGGAAGAGGGGGAAUUUUGCAUGAAUGUAACUCAACUUUGUUUUUUUUGUGAACACACAACUUUUCCCCCUCCUUGUCAAAGAACAUUUUAAACUUUAUCAUUUGCUGCUCUUAAUCAUUUAUGAGUUCUUUAUUAUUUUUAUCGGCAAGAACAACUUUCCCUCUUCUCUUCUAACCUCUGCUAUCGACCUCACAAGCUCAACCGCUUGAGUACAAUUCAGCCAAUGGGAACUGAAAAUGGAGGUCAAGGGAUUGUUUAAUAAGGGAAUUGAAAAAAAAGACUAUUGGUAUUGCACAUGUAUAAUAAGAGAAAAAUUUGCUGUGUGUUAGGCAAUCUUGUAAUCUUUAAAGCUUCUGUUGAAUUUGAAUUUCUGAAACAAUAGAUGGAGGACUGUGACGGCAAUUUACAAACUGAUUUUUUUUUUUGUUUUCUUUUUUUAAUAAUAUGUAAAGUGCAGUCGUCUGUUUUCCUGCAUAUUGUAUAUAUCUGUAUAUGUUUUAUUGAGUAACUAAAUAACAAUAAAUAUGACGUUAAAGGUG